GCGGAGGCACAUCAACCAGUGCAUGUAAACAACCGACGAUUUUUUCCUGAUUUUCCUUAGUUUUUCAUUGGUUUUCCACGGAAUCUGACAAAUUUAGAUUUACGAUCCCAGCACGAUGAUCAAACAACCCGUUCUCGCGGAAUUGCAGUAUUUUGUCAAUAGCGUUUCGCUGUUGUACAAAGGAAUCCCGCUGAAAGACUCGGCCGCCCUCGUCAAGUGCAGUCUGCACCUGCUGGAGGAUCUCCCGUCGACUCGGGAAGCCGUCUUCGAGUACUUCUCCCUGGUCUUCAAUGGAGCCGUGAAACUUUACCUGAUAAAUGUGGAGAAAAAUAUUCCAGAUGCAUCCCAGGACGACGAUGCAAUCCAGGAGAUACAUGAAACGUUGGAGCGGUUGGUGACUAAUGGGCCACCGGCGUGGUCACCUUUGAUCUCGUCGUGGUGCUUGAGGUUGCUGGGAGAGAUAUGCGACAAGAACAGCCGCAGAAGGCAACUGGAUAUUAGAACGUCGUGCAACCUGUGGCUCGGUUGCAAUGCUAUUCGUUGCUUGGUAGGGUUAACCGCGCUCUGUUUCAGCAAAUUGAAUGAGCAGGAGGUAGACGCUUGCAUCACCGGACUGUUGAAUACGUUCGCUCAGUAUUCGCCGCACUUUGAUUGGGUGGUGGCCCGACUGGGAGGAUGCUUUCCCUCGAAGGUGAUUUCAAAGAUGCUGUACUGCGGUUUGAAACGGUUCACCGGGGAAUAUGACCAGGUUGAUUCCGAAGUGGAAGUGCUGAGCUACUUGGCCGCUGCAAAUGAGGAAGAUUUGAAGCAAUCUUUGAAGGAAAUUUGCCAGAAGGAAACGAUGAACAAGCUGGUGGUUCCCUAUUUGUUGCAUCUUUCGAAGCACUCGGAUAUCCUGGCUCAGGCGCUAGCUGCAGUGUUUUUAGAAAAUUAUACGGACAGCCAUCUCCAGCUGAUCAAAACGCAAAGUAAAUUUUGGCCCAACAGCUACAGCACCACUAACAUAAUUCACAUCGUAGCCGGUCUGCUGUUGAAGAUCAAAAAGGCCUCUAUCCAAGUUCUACUAACUCUACCUCGAAUAGCGGAGAAAUUUUCCUGGUGUCAGGAACUGUUGGAAAUGCUCUUUGUCGAGCUGGAAGCAAUCGUGUUGGAAAAGCGAACCUGUCCGCUGUUGGACGAUGCCACGAAAGAAAGCUCCAAAGAACUGCUGUGGCGAUCGUGUCUUAGCGAAUCUGCCCUGCUACAGCAGAGCGCAGUCCGUUCGAUUUUGCUAGCUAGUCUAAAAUCGUCCUACUUUUUGCAUCAAUCGAUCGCCCAAAUGUUGGCAGCUUCUUCAGGAACGGAAGCAAAUGCCAGCAAGCCACACCUCAAUGCACUGGUUCGGUUGCUCGGAGGACCACACGGUUCGUCCGAGCUGCCGAAAAUUAAGCCUGGCUUCGAGAUUGCCUUGGAUAAGAUGUUAUUAACGCCGGGACGGAAUCGGGAAAAUUCGAACGUUCUGAAGAAUUUAGUUGAAAUUGUCAAAUUGGAGCGGGAUUCGUUCAAUGUGCAUCUUAAGAAGAUGAAUUGCGUGGGGAUGUUGCAGGAGCUGCUUGGAAAGUUGCUGGCCAUUUGGGAGAUGUUGAUGAAUCAGGAGAAGCUACCCCUACAACAAUCGAUACAAUCGUCCACAGUGGGAAUUCAGGUAAGUCUUCUUUGGGCUUUGGAUUUCGGCUUGGUGAUUGUAACAUUCAUUUUCCAGAACGAAAUCAAAAAAGUCAAGCGCGAAGAUGGCGGGACGGAAUCGAUGGACACAGGCGAAGGUCCAAGCGCUAUCUUCCAUCCACCGCCCAGCAUCACCUCCAAGUCCGAUCAAAUCCACAUGCUAGCUAAACUCAUCGACUGCAUGGAACUUAGUUCCAAAGCCUUCGUUCUGAAUAUGUCAGAAACGUUAAAGCUGUCCCAACUGACCGUAAGGUACUUCUUCUUCUGCUUGGAACAGGCUUCCAACGAAGGAAAUCUCACUUCCGAGGGCGAUACGAACCACCACCGAUGUUGUCAACUCCUGUCGAGACAUUGUGCCACUAGGAAAGCAGCACGGACCGCUGCGCUGAGGGAUAUUCUAGAAGGUGCUCUCUAUCUACAUGGACAUUUGUUUGGGUCGCACACGGAACCGGAUACCGUCGAUUAUGGCAAACCGGACGAGCUGCUCAUAAGGCUGAAUCAGAAACAAGGAAUAACGAUGAAUGCCUCUAGGGCGACUGUACUGCACGCGGGGGUUAUUGGGCAAGGACCAAAGCUCCCGUUCAAGAAGCCCGAUGGUCCAGAAACAGAAAUGCAGAACCGGUUAAUUAGUGCCAUUGUGGCAUGCUGCCAGGAUUUGGAGCAUCAAAAUACGAUCGAUGGAUUCAGCUACGUUUCGUUGCUGUUGGUUGAGCUCGUCUCACCCGAUGUGAUGUACAAUGGGCUGCCUUGGCCGGAGGAGGAGUUCACCAAGGUGACCAUGGAGCGAGACCUGCAGAUUCGACGAAUGUUCCGUAAUAGUCCUAUCUUGUGGUCGAUUCUCGGUUUGAUCGCUUGUUAUAGACCAGCUCUGUGCUACAGUUCGGUCCUGUUGAGGGCUCUGUGCGCUUCGGCUCUGCACCAGUGGCGGUCGAAGUCCGCCGAAACGAUGAACGGACAGAAAACGGAACUGAUGUUCGUGACGACCAAAUUGCUGGAACUGCUGGCCCUCGGACAGUUGCUUCCUCCUCCACUCAGCUAUCUGCACAUUGUACUGCCGUACCUGGAUGCAAAUGAGGUCAUCUACGUUCUGAAGGAAUGUGUCUGGAACUACAUGAAGGAUUACGUCCCGUCCCCAGUGCUGUUCGUGUGCGAUCCCACCGGAUUUCAUUGGAGAGAUCCGCAAACCUCUCGGCCCCCACCGCAGUAUACAAAUCCUUUGAGGAACACUAUGCAGAAGAAGUUGCCCAACAUCGGUCAUCUGUACCAUCAGAUGUUUGUUGGGCCGGAGUUGAGAAACCCGACCAUUUCGAACGUAAACAUGGUCAAUGGGCUAGGGGGUGGUGGUCCGGUGGUGCCCCACGGACCGAAUGUCAAUGCUAAUGGGAAUGGAGUGCCGACGGUGGUACUGCCAAUGGGGGGAGGACUUCCGGCUGCCAAUGGGAAUGGUGCGUUGAGUAUGUUGAAUAGCGGUGGAGGAACAGGACCCGGAAUUAUACCGGUCGUCACGCUCGACUAGGGUAAGACGAGUAGUUGUUUUUGAUUGUCAUCGUCUUUGUGUAAGAUUGUAGGUAGACAACUAUCGACAAGUAGAAAUAGAAACGUUUACAGUAAUUGAAAUUUAAAGGUAAAACGUGUAAUUUUUUUUUUUGGCUAUAUGGUUUGUGUUGUUGAUUUGUGCCGAAAAGUUAG